AUGCUUCCUGGUCAACGUGAUCCUGGAUUCGCGCAAAUUUAUAUCUGUGAUCCAGAUGAGCAAGUCAACAUACGCAGCUCAUUGAACGGUGGCCUUGAUCAGGAUAUCACACGGCAGCUUCAAGAGAUGUUGUUCACUGAAAACCCUCUUGCUCGCAUAUACAGACGCGCUGCUGACAUGUUGCAAAACGAGCCUGAUAAUAAUUUCAGCAUCACUUUUCAUUCGGAUCGAUCUUCAUCCCGUGGCCAUCGUGGUCAAUUCUUACGCCCCGCAAAAGGAGAAAUUGCUGCUGUUGUUCCUAUUUCCUCUUCCAACAUCACCCCUUAUCGCGACGUCGUUAUUCACCGCCAACACCAUGGGCUUCUCCGCAUUGAUGAAUUGCAUCCUCUUUAUGACCCUUUGCACUAUGUUCUCAUGUUCCCACGAGCUAUCUUCCAUGUCUUGGUACGUUUGGCUCAUCACCGCCUGUCGACAACAUUUAUAAUAGGCCGCUCAACAAGAAGACAACAAGAGAACAAUCCCGAUGACGAAAGUAACGGCACAAUUACUGCUAUGCGCUUUUAUGCAUACAUGUUGCAAGAUCGCGAAAACCAUUACAUGGUUUACUAUGGUCGCCUAUUCCAUCAAUACGCCGUGGACAUGUAUAUCAAGGUUGAGCAGCAGCGUCUUCGGUAUAUUGAAAAAAACCAAAAGAAGUAUCGUUCGGAGGCAUUACAAGGUGUGAUCGAUGCAAUGGGCAACGAGACCUCAAGAGACAUUGGUAGCCAUAUUAUCCUUCCUCCCAGUUUCACUGGUGGUCCACGUGACAUGCAAUCACGAUACCAAGAUGCCAUGGCCAUUGUUCGUGAGCUUGGUGAACCUGAUCUCUUUAUCACAUUUACAUGCAACCCAAGAUGGCCUGAAAUUACUUCCGCUCUUAAACCUGGCCAAGUUGCUGCCGAUCGCCCUGACUUGACAAAUCGAGUCUUUAAGCUCAAAUGCGACCUGCUUAUGAAAGAUUUGACGACGAACCAUGUCUUGGGUGAGACAAUUGCUCACUUCAGGGUGAUUGAAUUCCUAAAACGAGGCCUUCCCCAUGCGCAUAUACUUCUCACCUUGGAUCCCAAUUGCAGACCACGUCGCCCACGUGACUAUGAUCAAAUCGUUUCGGCUGAGAUACCGGACCCAGAGUUACAUCCCGCAGCAUACGAAACGGUUAGACCUUUAAUGAUGCAUGGUCCUUGUGGUGAAGCUUUCCCUCAAGCACCAUGUAUGGUGAAUGGUCGUUGCAGCAAAGGCUACCCACAUGAUUUCAUUGAAGAGACAACGGAUCCCACAUCUGGAUAUCCCAGCUACAGGAGACCCAACAAUGGCAGGCGUUAUCGCAUCUCAGCUUCCGUAUCCCUUGACAACCGUUGGGUGGUACCACAUAACGUGGUCUUAUGUACCAAGUAUAAUGCCCAUAUCAAUGUCCAGAUUUGCUCCUCCGUUAAUGCUGUAAAGUACCUCUACAAGUAUGUCUACAAAGGCCACGAUCGCGCGUUGAUCUCCAUGCGUAGAAAUACCAGGCAACACCAUGAGCAGCAACAACAAGACGCCGUCAUCAAUGAGAUCCAGCAAUAUACCGAUACCCGUUACGUCUCAGCCUCAGAGGCUUUAUGGCGUCUAUUUUCUUUCAGCCUCUUUCAGCGCUCUCCUUCUGUGCAGUUGCUCUUGCUGCAUUUACCAAAUCAGCAAGCAGUAUACUACAAUGAAAGUGACGACCUUCAAACAGUCGUUCAACGUACUAUGGAUCGACCAACCACUUUGCUUGCUUUUUUCGAUCUUAAUCGACGUGAUCCCAAUGCACGCCAAUAUUGUUAUCCUGAAAUACCCCUCCACUACGUUUGGAAAACUGAUACCUUGCCAUACCAUUGGGUACCACGCCAAAGAGGUCACACUAUCGGUAGAAUGCCAUUCGUAUCGCCACGUGAUCCUGAACGUUUUGCUUUGCGUGUGUUGCUUCAUAAGGUUCCAGGUCCUCGAAGCUUUGAAGACUUACGCAGAGUAAAUGGUCACCUAUACAAUACCUUUGUGGAUGCUGCGAAGGCAUGUGGUCUUUUGGAGGAUGAUGAUGAGUACCGCCAUUGCUUGCAAGAAGCCAUUGGACACUUUACAUCAGCUCACCAGCUACGUCAACUUUUUGUCACCAUCUUGACAUUUGGCAAUCCUCUUAAUCCUCGGGAAUUGUGGGAACAACACUCCGCAAGUUUGUGUGACGAUUACCAAUGGCGUUACAUUGCCAAUGACAUGGAAGUUGACAUGGACCGUUGCAUUGCUGAGGCUCUACGAGACAUCCGACGCAUACUUUUACAGCAAGAUUUGAGCCUUCAAGAUAUCCCCGGCAUGCCUUCGUUACCUGAUGACUCCAUAUUUGAACAACCACUCCCUUCAGCACAUGUACAAGAAGCAACAACAGCCGCUGGCGGCAUGACACCUGAAGAAUUUGCAAGUCGUGUUGAUGCAUUGAAUACGGAGCAGCGACUCAUCUUUGACACUAUUGUGAAUGCUGUGCAACACAAUAGUGUUCAACAACGCUUAUACUUUAUCGAUGGCCCUGGUGGUUCUGGAAAGACGUUUUUGUACAACACUUUACUCGCUUACAUUCGCACACGACUCGACCAAUCGGCAAUUGCUGUGGCGUCCACGGGUGAGGCUGCACUUCUUUUGCUUGAUGGUGCCACUGCACAUUCGACCUUCAAGAUCCCCGUGGAAAAUUUGAAUGAGAUAUCAACCUCCGCCAUCUCGGUGCAAACGGAACGUGCACAACAACUCCGCAAUGCCGCCUUGAUCGUUUGGGAUGAGGCACCCAUGAUGAACCGCUUUGCUGUUGAAGCCGUGGACCGCACAUUGCGUGACAUCAUGAGUAGACAUGAUGCAUUGCUCAAUGAGGAUUAG